UCCGGUUGUAAGAGACGCUAUGUUUGAUGUCGAAACGAAUAUGGCCGAUACCGAGGGUUUCAAUCUCAUUAAGUUGAAUCAGCUUUUCCUCGGCUGCAUGCAAGAGGACAAUAUUAUAGAUUUAGAUUCCUAUGUAAAUGCAUACGAAGAAUUGAGCAAAUUGUUUGGUCUCCUUGGCAGUAUAUUUGGCUUUGUUGUCUCUGAUGUUGUGGAAAAGAUAGGCAUACUGAGAGAUUAUAGAAAAUCUCCAGAUGGAGAGCAUUAUAUAUCUGUUCAAAGUAUGAUUAAAUAUGAAGUUCAGCAAAAUAUAACAGAUAACAAGAAAAAGGAAUCAGGGUCCAGGACAUUGCUGCGACUUCAUCGUGCCAUGGAAUUCACAGCUCAGCUUAUGAAAGAUGUGAGGAAUGCAGAAGAUGGGGGAAAGAUGUCGUCCAUUACAAGGACGGCAUACGAUGCUACACUGUCUAAGCAUCAUCCUUGGCUCAUACGGAAAGGUGUGCAUGUUGCCAUGUAUACACUGCCAUCACGGAAACAGCUGCUGGAGAAGAUAAUGAUGGCCAAUGACCAGUCAAAGGUCGAAGAUCUAAUGGAGGCAGCAAAGCUUCAGCAACAAAUGUAUGAUGUCAUUCAAGAUAUAUACAAGACAGAGAAGCUUCUCAAUUUACCAUGAUUUUUGAAGGAGGAUUUUUAGGAUUUUUUUUAAUUUAUUGGUUCAGAUAUGCUGUCAACAUAGUGGUAGUUCACUGCAGUUAUGUAUGGAUAGUUGAUCAGAUACCUACUCCGUAGAACUCCAAGUGUUAUCAGGCCCCAGUAUCACAAAAAUUGGAACUUUAAGUUCUUUAUUCUCAAAACAGAUUUAGGUUAAUAUUUAAUCAAAUGUCUGAGCAAUAUUUGGAAAUUGUUAUACAAUAGUCAGUAUAUACAUGGUACAUGUGUUAUGAUGAAAUGUAUAACAACGAAGAAAAAAAUGUUAGAAAAAAUAAGUAACAAUGGCCACAUUGGUCAGAGUUAUUUAUUUUUCAAACAUCUUCAAAUACAGCUGUAUGUUCCACCAUUAUAUACAAACAUAGUUGAUUUAAUUUAUUCUACCAUAUAGAAUGAAAUACUUGGUUACUUCUGUGCCUAUGAGACAACAUUACAUAAUUCAUUCCAUUAAUUAAAAUUUGGCUUUUAGCUUUACCUUGUUUUUAAUGCAAGGAAGGCUUUGAGAAGAGCAUUGUAAGUGCAUAGUUUGUUGCAUCCAUAUGCAUUAUUGUAUAAUAAAACAGGUUAAUUUAUCAAUCCAAAAUCUUGAUGCUUUGCCUAGUGGUAGAAUUAUCUUCAAAAACUAUAUGGUGUGAAGUAUGUUGACAUUAAAGAGGUUUAGAACUGCCUUAGAGUGGAGAAUUUUUAUGACACUAUGUCAGAUCGUUUGGGGGAAGGAAUAUCUCACAUUGUGGAGUCACUUAUAAAUAACACUAUGUACACCUGUUAAUGUGUUUUACUAUACACCAUAAUUAAAAACUCGGCAAGAAAAAUUGUUUUAAAAAAAACACCAAUCUUUACUUCUUUAAGUUAAUGCUUUUUCAAAAACACAUAAAUGAGGUUGAAAUAUUCUGGUCCCAAAUGUAUUUAAUUUCAUACAUUACAUUUGUGCAUUUCAUGAAAACAGCAUUUUUUAAGUGUUUUAAACAAAAGUAACACUAAUUUUUAUUUCAAUUGUAAUUUGAUAGUUGUAAUCAGUUGACAAUCUCUGCUGCAAAUUUCUGUCUAAACAGAUCAAAUCAUAUGUAGUUCAGUACCAGGCCAUUAGAUCUGACAUUUUUCUUGCUCUAGUAAAAUAAAUUAUUAAAAAGAUGCAAUAGUGUGACAAGUACUACUUAAUGUUAAAAGGGAAAGAUCAAUACUUUUGACACAAAUUAUGUGAUCACUUAAACAUUUUAUUAUACAUGUAUAUAUACAGUGAAUGUCUUGGUAAGAAUGAGGCUGUGAUUUCUUUUAGUAUAAAAUGUAGUGUUUUCCAUCUCUUUCUCUUGCAACAAAAUUAAAAAUGAAACUGUUGGAUAUUUACAAAUACACCAAUUACUAUUUUAGUACUUGGUUUGAAAAAUAAUUAAUCUUCCUGUAUUAGUCUGCUAGUAAAUUGGGAGAUAGAUUUUUAUCAAACUGUUUAAAUUUACAUUUAGCAAUCCUAUGUAUGAAUUUAUAUCUAAUUUUUUUUUUUAUAUAAAUUCUGGGAAUUUUAUAUACUUGUGAAAUUAUUAAACAAAUACACCUUGCCAGUGCAUCUAUUAAGAAAGACGUUGUGUUCAUAGAGUGAUGCUUACGUAAUCUUUAUAUUACAGUCUUGUAUAAGUCAUAUAUUAUCAUGUUACUGCAGCAAUGCUAGGUUCGAAAACAAACUUUAAAGUUGUUAGCUUAUAAAGAAUACAAGUUUAAUUUUACCUUGUUUGUAAAAGCUUUUGUGAUAUGGUUACAUGUACCUGGGGUUACAUCAAAUCGUUUCAGUAUGUAAUCUAUACAUAUUAUAGGGAAACAAGCUGGCGGAUAAUUUUCUUAAAUUAAGUUGGAACAUUCUACUGUGAUAUAUUUAUUGAACAAGUUUUGUAUGCUGUGGUUUUUUCGUUAUUGCUUUGACACCCUAAUUUACAAUUAAUUUACCGGUACACGUUGCACCCUCAAAUUUUUGAAAAUAUUGAUUCAAUAUGAGUAUGUCUGUAUAUAGCAUGGUUAACGAUCAAGCAUAAUAUAUUUGAUUAAAUGCAUGUACUAAUUAAAUAUUAAAUUUUAAUACAUGACAUUAUAUAAUAAAAUGUAUUUUGGUGUCCUUGAUUAUUAUGCACUGUGGCUGUAUUGAUGUAUUAAAUGUUAUGAAACCCUUG